AUUUAUAAAUCAUUUUUAAAACGUGAAAGAUGUACUCGUGCUUUUUUUUUAAUUACAUGAAAUAAUAACUACCUAUUUGGACGGUUGGCUAUCUUAACACGAGUUUUAAUAGAAAUAUUCGCCAGGAAGUUUAAGCCACUUUACAACUAUUCAAUUAUAUUUGAUAGUUUUAAACUAUAACAAUUUUUAAUUUUAAAAUAACCCAGACUUCAUGUAACUUUAGUUUAUAUCUAUUGGCUGUAUCAUUUUUGUAUAACCGCUGCCUAUUGUUAAUAACUUAAUAAGAUAUAAUUCUUUUACGUUAUAAUUAAUUUAGUAACUAUAGUUUUGUAAAUUAAAAAAUUAAAUAACAUGGAAGUAGUUAUCGACUUGAUAAAAGCAAAGUUGGAACUAGGAGAAAUAACACAUCAUAAUAUCAAGCAACUCAAACGUUUAAAUACGGUGGUUUUUCCUGUGUCAUAUAAUGAAAAAUUUUAUAAAGACGUGUUAGAAGCUGGCGAGUUAGCUAAAUUAGCGUACUAUAAUGACAUUGUGGUUGGAGCAGUAUGUUGUCGAAUAGAUCAAGAAGUUGGACGACGGUUGUACAUAAUGACCCUGGGUUGCUUAUCACAGUAUAGAAGACUUGGAAUUGGAACUAUGAUGGUUGAACAUGUUUUGAAUUAUGUUAAAGAUGAUGGUACAUUUGAUAGUGUUUACUUACAUGUGCAAUUAAACAAUGACAGUGCCAUAAAAUUCUACAAAAAAUUUGGUUUUGAAAUAGUUGAAACUAAAGAACAUUAUUAUAAGAGAAUAGAGCCUGCGGAUGCAUAUGUAUUAGAAAAACGUCUACGGCCUAAAACUGUUAAUGGGAAAAAUGACCAUCAUUCAAAUAACAACAAAAAAGACUAAACACAAAUCAUCUUUUUACUUGUUUAUUGUAUUAAUUUACUUCUAAUAUUACAAAUAACACUGUAAUUUAUACAGUAUAUUAUAAUAAACAUAUAUAAACAAAUAUGUUUCAA